AUGAUUAGAUUCUGCAGCACCAACAUAGGAGUGUGUGAUCACUGCAGUUCUGGCCUAGGAUUAUUAGAUCCCCCCAGCACCAACAUAAGAGAGUGUGAUCACUGCAGUUCUGGCCUAGGGUUAUUAGAUCCAUCCAGCACCAACAUAAGAGAGUGUGAUCACUGCAGUUCUGGUCAGGGGUUAUUAGAUCCAUCCAGUACAAACAUAGGAGAGUGUGACCACUUCAGUUCUGUUCUAGGGUUAUUAGAACCUUGCAGUACCAACUUAGGAGUGUAUGAUCACUUCAGUUCUGGCCUAGGAUUAUUAGAUCCCUCCAGCACCAACACAAGAGAGUGUGAUCACUGCAGUUCUGGCCUAGGGGUAUUAGAUCCAUCCAGCACCAACAUAAGAGAGUUUGAUCACUGCAGUUCUGGUCAGGGGUUAAUAGAUCCAUCCAGUACCAACAUAGGAGAGUGUGGCCACUUCAGUUCUGAUCUAGGGUUAUUAAAACCCUGCAGCACCAACAUAAGAAAGUGUGAUCACUGCAGUUCUGGUCUAGGGUUAUUAGAUCCAUCCAGCACCAACUUAGGAGUGUGUGAUCACUUCAGUUCAGGUCUAGGGCUAUUAGAUUCCUGCAGCACCAACAUAGGAGUGUAUGAUCACUUCAGUUCUGGAUUAUUAGAUUCCUGCAGCACCAACAUAAGAGAGUGUGAUCACUGCAGUUCUGGUCUAGGAUUAUUAGAAUCCUGCAGUACCAACAAAAGAGGAUGUGAUCAAUUCAGUUCUGAUCUAGGGUUAUUAGAUUCCUACAAGACCAACAUAGGAGUAUGUGAUCACUUCAGUUCUGGUCAAGGGGUAUUAGAACUCAGCAGUACCAACAUAGGAUUGUGUGAUCACUUCAGUUCUGGCCUAGGGUUAUUAGAUCCCUCCAGCACCAACAUAAGAGAGUGUGAUCACUACAGUUCUGGUCAGGGGUUAUUAGAUCCAUCCAGUACCAACAUAAAAGUGUGUGAUCACUGCAUGCGCAGUUCAGGUCUGGGGUUAUUAGAACCCUGCAAUACCAACAUACGAGUGUGUGAUCUCUUCAGUUCUAUUCUAGAGUUAUUAGAUUCCUGCAAGACAAACAUAAGAGUGUGUGACCACUUCAGUUCUGGUCUAGGAUUAUUAGAAUCCUGCAGUACCAACAAAAGAGGAUGUGAUCAAUUCAGUUCUGAUCUAGGGUUAUUAGAUUCCUACAAGACCAACAUAGGAGUAUGUGAUCACUUCAGUUCUGGUCAAGGGGUAUUAGAACUCUGCAGUACCAACAUAGGAUUGUGUGAUCACUUCAGUUCUGGCCUAGGGUUAUUAGAUCCCUCCAGCACCAACAUAAGAGAGUGUGAUCACUACAGUUCUGGUCAGGGGUUAUUAGAUCCAUCCAGUACCAACAUAAAAGUGUGUGAUCACUGCAUGCGCAGUUCAGGUCUGGGGUUAUUAGAACCCUGCAAUACCAACAUACGAGAGUGUGAUCUCUUCAGUUCUAUUCUAGAGUUAUUAGAUUCCUGCAAGACAAACAUAAGAGUGUGUGACCACUUCAGUUCUGGUCUAGGGUUAUUAGAUUCCUGCAGCACCAACAUAGGAGUGUAUGAUCACUUCAGUUCUGGUCUAGGGUUAUUAGAUUCCUGCAGCACCAACAUAGGAGUGUAUGAUCACUUCAGUUCUGGUCUAGGGUUAUUAGAUUCCUGCAGCACCAACAUAGGAGUGUGUGAUCACCGCAGUUCAGGUCUAGGGCUAUUAGAUUCCUGCAGCACCAACACAGGAGUGUAUGAUCACUUCAGUUCUGGUCAAGGGGUAUUAGAUUCCUGCAGCACCAAUAUAGGAGUGUAUGAUCACUUCACUUCAGGUCUAGGGCUAUUAUAUUCCUGCAGCACCAACAUAGGAGUGUAUGAUCACUUCAGUUCUGGUCUAGGGUUAUUAGAUUCCUGCAGCACCAACAUAGGAGUGUAUGAUCACUUCAGUUCUGGUCUAGGGUUAUUAGAUUCCUGCAGCAGCAACAUAGGAGUGUGUGAUCACUGCAGUUCUGGUCUCGGGUUAUUAGAUUCCAGCAGCACCAGCAUAGGAGUGUGUGAUCACUGCAGUUCAGGUGUAGGGCCAUUAGAUUCCUGCAGCACCAACAUAGGCGUGUAUGAUCACUUCAGUUCUGGUCUAGGGUUAUUAGAUUCCUGA